AUGGUAUACGAAGUCGUGGCGAAUAGACGACAGACAUCUGGGAUCACCGUAUCCAACGAAUUCCUCUAUGCGAAACGGUUGGCAACAGGAAAUAGACAAAUACCAGGCCAAAGGGCGUUAGUGUUGAAAGCUCGCAAUAACAAUGAGCGCAAUGCGUUCCAGGGCUCGCUAGCCACGCCAUCUCUAUACCUAAGCCUCGUUUUCCUGCGCGAUGCCCCUGAUCGCAACAAUAGAAGACUCCCCCUUCACGCCUGCGUAGCAGACCCCGCAAUCACCACAUGUCCCCCCACCCAUAUAACCUCGGGUAUGGUGAAAGACCCACCAGACGUCUUGGACAGGCAAAAAUGCCUUGACGCCCUGGCUGCUCUACGCCACGCUAAGUGGUUCCAGGCUAGAGCUAAUGGCCUGCAGUCCUGUGUGGUUAUCAUACGUAUUCUUCGUAACCUCUGUCAACGAGUUCCAACUUGGUCUGAUUUUCCAAGCUGGGCUAUGGAGUUGCUUGUGGAAAAAGCAAUUAGCAGUGCUACUGGACCACAGAGUCCUGGGGAUGCACUGAGAAGAGUUUUUGAAUGUAUAUCUUCAGGAAUCAUCCUUAAAGGUGGUCCUGGCCUUCUGGACCCUUGUGAGAAAGAUCCUUUUGAUACACUUGCUGUAAUGACAGAUCAGCAAUGAGAGGAUAUCACUUCAAGCGCACAGCUUGCACUGAGACUCCUUGCAUACCGUCAAAUACACAAAGUUUUGGGAAUGGAUCCAUUACCACAGAUGAAUCAACGCUUCAACGUCCAUAAUAAUCGUAAAAGGAGAAGGGACAGCGAUGGGGUUGAUGGAUUUGAAGCAGAGGGAAAAAAAGACAAAAAAGAUUAUAAUAACUUUUAA